AGUAGAAUCCAACAAAUAACAUCAACAUUGAAUUUUCAAAUUCAAGAAACAAAUCAAUUUUGUUUAAUUAAAUUCACCAAAACGGCAUCAUUUUGUUUAGAUGUCGAAAAUCGGUCAUGCUAGUCAUAUCGGGAGCAUUCCAACCUGUUUUAUAACCGGUAUCAAUUUUACCCGAUUGUAACUGUCGACAUGCCAUCAGUAUGAAGAUUUGCAUAUAUUUGAGCAAAGCUUCUCUUAAGCUUGGAUUGUGUGUUACAUCUGGUGGUGCUCUGUGAUUCCCUGCCAUUUUUCAGACUGCUAAGGUACAGACAACUGGUCCAAGCACUAAUGUUUCUGAAGGUUUGCAAGAGACAUACAACACUGUUCUUUGUAUAAGUGGAACAAGAGGAAGAAAGAAAGAUGUAACCUGCUCUUUCAUUAAUUUUUAUUUACAUUUCUACCAAUCACAGUUCAAUGAAUCAUCCCCUGCAUCCAUUUGGAAUCAGACUUCAGCCAUAUAUAUGGUUACUCUAUUUCUACAUCCACGCUGACACAGCAACAAAUAAUUAGCGCAAAAGAUGCUUCUUACCCUGGCAGUGGAGCCCUCACAUGAAUUAAGCCAUCCAAGAAUCAGUCAGCCUGCAGUUAUGGAAAGCACUGAGAAUUGGUGUUAUUAUGAAAUUCCCUUAGCACGUGAGAGCUUAGCCUUUAUGUAGCUGGAUCCGGGUCACUUGAUUUCUUGUAUUCUGGCUUCAGCUCAUACGAUCCUUGGUUGCUGCCCUUAUUGUUGUAAACGCAAAGCUCCUUCAGUAUGUCCUUCAGAAAUAGCUGCAAGAAAGAGGAGAGAUUGAAAAACAAGAAACCAACAAAACAAACUUUCAUUGAUUCCACAGGGUGCUUCUGCAGAAGACCAGAGCAAGGACACAUUUAAUACCAAAGCCAUCUCGGUUCUGUUGCAAUUUACAAAGUGUGUUGUGCGUGAGAGAAGGGCAUCAGGAUUAAUUAAAUCCAUGGAAAGAGUGGCAUGAACCAAAAAGAAAAGGAAGCAAAAGAAAGAGUUGGAGUAGCCCGCCCAGAAAGGAACAGGCAACUCAACCAUCUCCCUGCGCCUUGUAACCCCGUGGGUAAGAUGGAGAAUCUAGAUGCAAAUCAGCUUCCUGAAGUGGAUGCAAUGCCGGAUGGAUUUGUUGACAGCUCCAGGGAGCCUGUGGCUCCUGCAACCCCAACUGUAGAACAAGAGAAGCCACGGAGCCAUAACACCGAAGAGGAUACCAUGUCUGAUCUUCAUCAUGCUAAUUUGGCAGCAACGCGGGAGCUCUCGAAUGAAUCGACGCCAAGUCAGGCGCAGAGAACGGAAAAGACGCGAACUUUUCCUGUUCCGCUGUCUGAAACUGAUUCGUCUGAAGGUUCAGGCCAUGUGACAGAACUUACCCCUAAAGGAGAAGAAGAUAUUGUAGGGGUCCCUAAUUCAGUGGAUCAAGUUUCUGAAGCUUCACCACCACCUGGAGCAACCAGCAAUGAGGCAAAAUACGGUGUUUACAGCGAUAGUCAAAGUUCACCGAGAUUGAUCUAUAUGCUUUUACUGUUAAUAUGGCAUAUUGAUAGAGAUCAACCAUCAAAAGGUUUGUAUUUAACUCAUAAUGAUUCUUGGUUACAGGAAACUUCUGAAACUAAACGCAAGAAUGUUAAAAAGACGUUUAAAUCAGAGAGUGAAUUUCUAGAGUUCACUUUGAAGUAUCAGCAAGUCCUUUCCGAAAGAGAUUCUGCUAUCAUCGUCCGUGAUAAGCUUGAGUCACUGUGUAGGGAGUUGCAACGUCAGAAUAAAGUACUAAUGGAUGAGUGCAAAAGAGUAUCAAGCGAGGGACAAAGUUUGAGAUUGGAUCUUUCUGCUAGAUUUGAAGAUGCAAUUAAGGAUGUGAGCAUUAAGCUGGAUGAACAGAAGGAAGAAAGUCUUUGUCAGCUGAGGGAAAAUGAGAUGUUAAGAACCAAGCUGAAGCAACUUUCCGAGCAGUAUACGCUUUCCGAACAGCAAUUUGCCCAGAAGUUAAAACAGAAAAGCCUGGAACUUCAGAUCUCUGAUCUAAAGAUCAAGCAGCAUGAGGAAAAAUUAGUCCAGGAGCAGUCGCAGAUGAAAAUUUAUGCUGAACAGGUGUCACAGUUACUGUCAACCGAAAAGAAUUUGCGGUUGCAACUGACAGCGGAUGGGGAGAAGUUCCAACAAUUCCAGUUACUUGGAUCCUUUAAUCUAAACAAGAAAUAAUUGACAAACAAGAAGAUUGGUGGUCCAAAUGUGAAAACUGUCAUCUCUUGUUUAGUUCCCUUUGGGGAAAACGUAUAUUUCCAAGUUUCAUUUUCUUUCAUGUUUCCAGGAAGCAUUAGUGAAAAGCAAUGAAGUUUUUGAAACAUUCAAGCAAGAGAUCGAGAAGAUGGCUAAAUCCAUAAAGGAACUGAAGAAGGAAAACACGUUUUUGAAGAGUAAAUGUGACAAAUCAGAUGUUACUCUUAUUGAGCUUGUUGAGGAGCGGGAAAGAAUGAAGAAACAACUGGAGAAAACCAAGAACCAGAAAGAAAAACUGGAAUCAUUGUGCAGAUCACUUCAGGCGGAAAGGAAGCAGAGUUCUGCUGCUACUGUGACAACUACUACAAGCAAUGACUCUGACCCAGUUCCAGACAGUUCCAUUGCAGCAGCUCCUUGAGCCGGGUUCUGUUCCAUUUUCCCAGGCCAGCUCCCCUUCAUUUGGCUGGUCUAACUUGCUGGGAUCAAAAUGUAACUGCUUGUAUGCCCUCCUGGUUGUGUCCAACUAAGCAUACGAAAAGAGAGUGGAGACAAUGGUCCUUGUUUAUCUUGAGACGCUGGCUUCCGUCUUUCAGUAUAGUUUAGGAAUGCGGAGGGGACACUGGAAGCCCCAAGCUGGAAAGACCACCUAUACUGUUGUGUUUUCUUGAAUGUGUAGUUGGUGGCUGGUGACUGGUGAGUUGCUUGAUUAACGAGUUGUUUUGCUCAUACUUUUGAUUGCUGACCAAAUAUCUGCAAUGAAGGAAUCGAGUCAAUCGUAUUCUUGCGUUCUCUUCUUUCGGCAAGAUUUAUUAAUGGUUAUGCCAUAUGACUACAA